AUGGCAUCGCGCAGGUGUCGAUUUCGGGAGAAAGCCGCGGCUGCGAACGCGUUUCCCGCCGUGUUAAAAUCUAUUUUACAAAAUGAAGACUACCACGAAGAACAACUUUGUAAUUGUGAUGCAACAGCUUUAUUUGCAAACCUGCUACCUGUUAAGACUUUAGCCUUUAAUUACGAGACACAGAAAACAGCUGGAUUUCAAAAGAUAAAAGAUCGUGUGACUCUUACCCGUACGCUUACCCCUCUUCUCAUUGGCGGCUUUCAUAACCCUCGCUGCUUUAAUCACCUCAAUAGAGCCAAACUGCCAGUAAUAUACGCUAACUGCAAAAAUGCUUGGAUGACGAGACACAUUUUCGACGACGGGUUCCACAACAGCUUUGUUCCAGCUGUUCGUAAGCAUCUGCGGUUGAAGAAACUCGAAGCCAAAGCACUUUUGCUACUUGACAAUUGUCCAGCCCAUCCUCCGGCCGAAUCACUGGUAUCGAGAGACGGAAAAAUUCGAGUGCUAUACCUACCAUUCAACACAACAUCAAAAAUUCAACCUGUAGACCAGGGCAUUAUUCAGAAUUUUAAAAACAAUUAUCGUCGGGAGCCGAUUUCGGUGAUUGUGUCAUGCACGUCUUCAGGCAUUUCCGAAUUCCUGAAACAGUUAAACAUGAAGGAAAUUAUUUAUUUAGUUAAAAAAGCUUGGGACGGAGUAAAACAAAAGUCCAUUGAAAACUGCUGGAUGAAGGCUCUCGGUGAUGCCUUUUCUGUCAAAGGCGGCUCAGACUCGGAAAACUCCACUAGUGGCACGGAUUCAGAGCCAGACUAUGAAGGAUUUUGGGAAGAAGACGUCCUACAAACACACAUGCAGACAAAAGAGGAUAAAGGUAGACUUCUCUUUCCAAUGAUAAAACAUUUGAGUUUGGAUACGUCGCCGGAAAUCAUUACCGAGUGGCUGGAGAUGGAUGAAGAUUGCCCGACUUCAGAAUUUCUGUCCAAGGAAGAAAUAUUAACGGGCUGCGAGGCUACGUCGGACCGCGAAAGCGAUGGCGAGAAUUCUAAUAACGCAGGCCUAAAUGACAAUGACGACGAGGAGGAGGAUGUCGUUGAAAAGGUCAAAACUUCGCCCCCAGAAGCCCUUGGGGCUGUAGAAACUGUUGUAAGCUUUAUGGAGGAGCAAAAUGCGGAAAAUAUCGAAAUCAUUCAUCUGCGGCGAAUGACAGACUUCAUAAGAAAGGAAAAAAAUGCGAGCAUGAAAGAGCAGAAAAUAAAGGCAUUUUUUUCUAAGUGA